AUGGGUAAUAGUACCAUAUUGACAGUAAUCUGGGUGGAACAAUCACUUCAUGAACCCAUGUACAUUUUUCUUUCCAUGCUGGUAGUCAGUGACCUGGGUCUCUGUGCCACCACCUUACCUACAAUGUUUAAGCUUUACUUGUUCAAUGUUCGUGAAAUAGACUUUGAUGCAUGCCUUGCCCAGAUGUCCUUUAUCCACAUCUUCUCCAUGAUAGAGUCAGGUAUCCUACUGUCUAUGGCUUUUGACCGCUAUAUAGCCAUAUCCAAUCCUCGCAGAUACACUGCCAUCCUGAACAGUUCUACCAUUGUAAAAAUUUCUGUAGGGUUUGUGUUCCAGGCCAUCAUUAAUCUCAUCCCAGCCCCUGUCCUCAUUAAGCAUCUCAAAUUUUGUGAAGCCAAUGUACUUUCCCAUCCUUACUGUUUACACCCAGAUAUUAUUAAGCUUUCCUGCUCUGACCACCAUAUUAACAGCUUCUUAGGACUCACUGUCAUUAUUAUCACAUUUGGAGUUGAUUCUGUGCUUAUCCUGUUCUCCUAUGUGAAGAUCCUGACAACAGUUGUGGGUAUCGCCUCCCAGGAAGAAUGA